UUUCCCCCCUUUUCUCUCGCAGGAAUCAGCGGGAAUUUCUCCCAUCCCGGAAUUUCCUUCUCCUUCCACACAUCCUUCGAGGGUUCAUUCCUGGAUUCCUUCCGGCUGGAAGUGUCGGAAUUCCCGGAUUUCCGCAUCCGCCGCCAUUCCAUCCCUCCCUUCAUCCCCCUGCAGCUCCUGGCCCGGCGCUUCCUGCCCCGACAGCUCCGGGAGUUCCUGGUGCUUCUGUUCCAGCACCUCAACGCCUUCGUGGCGCGCAGGGAGCAGCUCCGGCAGCUCCGGGAGGAAUUUUCCGAGUUCAUCCAAGGAAUUCCCUCCCACAAUUCCCUCUUCAACCUCCUGAGCUUCCGCUACCGAAUUCCCGGGAAAAUCCCCCGGCAAUUCCCGGAAUUCCGAGCGCGGCUUCGCUACCGGGACCCCCUGCGGAGCCUCCCCAGCGACGUCACCGUCACCACCCCCGAGGGAAGUGCGGCUCCCCCGGAGCACUCGGAGCUGUUCCGGAGCCUCUCCCUGGCCGGAGCCUUCCGGGCCCUGCGGAACCUU